AUGUCUGAAUCCGACAAGCAAAUCGGCCCGUGUUUACCUCCGAAUUUCCGAAUUAAUAAUCACCCAGAGGAUGAAGAUGAUGAAGAGGAAGAACAAACUUUUGGUCCAACUUUUCCUGAAUCGGUGCUGAAGAAGGAUGGUUCUGACAAAACAAAAGAACUUAUUUCAACAAACGAUGAUGACAGUGCUGAUGAUGAUGCAUUCGGGCCCGCGCUGCCACCAGGAUUUUCUGGUAAUCAAAUUGGUCCGAGUUUGCCAAGCGGUUUCAGUCUAGAAGAUGAAGACGAUGAAACAUUUGGGCCAGUUCCAGAAGGACUGGAAGAUAAAAACCAUCAAUAUGAUGCUUCUCAGCGUUUACUGAAACAGAAUGUCAAAAAUAUUACUAAAAGAGAAAAGUGGAUGCUUGAGCCAGGAAAAGCACUUGCCAAAACAUUACAGACCAAAUCGAUUACGCAGUUCAGCCAAAAAUCUUCUAAAAAAGACGGCCCACUUACUGAAAACGAGAAGAAAGAGCUCGCAGCGGUUGCUGAUAAAGACAAUAAGAUGAAAGAGUUUCUUGAAAAAUAUGAAAAGGGCAACAAAAGAGAUGUCUCACUUCUGGAUAAACAUCGUAAUGACUUGAAGAAAAAUAAGAAAUUGAAGCCAGAAAAAACAGAAAGACGUGAGUUUGAUCGAGAAAAAGACUUGUUUACUCGAUCAAUCGAUAAUAAAAAGAAGAAUGGCUUCAUUAAAGAAGCCUCAACGACGUUUCCUUCUCGCUUUUCCAGUGGCAAGUUUGAAAAGUUUCUCUAG